UGUAAACAUGGCGGUUUGUUUCAAAUAAGUGAACAACAGGCAUAAACACUACAAAAGACUCGUGAAUAUAAUUCGAUAUCCGUGCCGUUUUAAGCAUUGAGCCAUGAGAGAUUGUUAGAAAUGUUAUGUUAGUGGAAGCUGCGCGGUUUCUGCGGGUCGGAGGAAUCAUGUCAGAACGGAGGACACAUGCUACUGCUGGCAGCCCUGAGUUCUCUGAACUGUGGAGGAACGUUUCCAAUAUCUCCUAUAACAAAACACAGAGCAGAAAAACGGGACAACGGAUGCCUGACACAACGACAUCACCCAUGUGUAACGGUGAGGCUGCAGAUGAGUUUAGAGUGACAGAUGUGCGGAGUCCGAGGCACAGAGGCGGCAGAUACCCCGGAUUCAAUCACGGGGAUUCUCCGGGAGACGGAGAAGCUUCACAAGAUAUUUUCUGGGAUUCCACAUCUCCCACACAAGCAGGGUUGGGACACUGGAACACCAGAGUUGUCGAAAUAUCAGAUAUUGUCAACCGCAUUGCUCCAAAGAAUAUGAAAUCAAAAGGGAAGGAAUGUUCUUUACUGCAGUGGAUCAAUGACAGCGCCAUUCCCUGUACACCCGAGAUUCCGAAGCCAAGAGUCAAAAAGAGAUCCUCUCGACAGAGUAGUGUGGAUGACCUCAUGAAACUGGCCAAACAGUUUGAUGAAAACAUGCAGCAAGACCAGGAGUCAUCAGAACGGCUGAAUGCUGUCAACAAUAACUUGAAUGAACGUGUGUACACCUCUGAAGCUAAACUGACAGAUUCAUCAGUCCCUAGUCACGUGAAGGAUCUAAAGUGUCCGUCCUCGUCAGAUCAAGUGGAAGCAGAGCUGCACGCUCUGUUUGACUGCUCCACUCAGCGAGUCAGCGGCAACUUGAGCGAGGCCUCUGCCUGUUCACAAGAAAUUAAAGACCUAGCUGUGACCUCAGCUUUAGCUGAACGCCAACAGUCAGAGUUCAAGUCAGCUGACAAAUGUGAAUCAGCUGCACAUCCCUCAGAGCAGAAAGGAACUCGCAUUUACAAUACAAACAGUUGUGAUGACUUUGAUGAUGACUGGGAGAAUGAUGACUUACUCAAUGAUCCCUUUGUCUUGGCGAUAACCCAGAAUCCCAAUGAGCAACUUGAUGCCAAACCUAAGACCACAUUUCAGCCUGACACUAAGACAAAUGCUACCCAGUUCACCUCUGUUUGCAAGCCAACUACAAAUAAAGCUUCUGCACAUCAGCCUUCUGGCUCACACUGUAAGAUGAGCUGCAGAGCUCUUCAGGAACUGUGUCCCAAACCAAAGGCUACCAACCGAAGCACUUUCAAGCUGGAGCCCAACCCUCACUUCCAGCCCAAGAUGGCCAAAGAUGUUUCAAAGUUCAGCUACACUAAGAUUGAACCCAAAUCAAAUAUGACUCACCAGAAGUCUGCUACCACAAAGACAGACUCAACUCUCAAACCUGACAAAGCCAACAAUGAUCAUAUUGGUUAUUUAAAGGAACCUUCUGUUAAAGAUAUUUCUGAUAGUUUGUGGGAUGAUUGGGGUGAUGAUGCUCUUCUCUACCAGGUGUGUGACAGCAUGGAGAAGAUCUCCAACAGUCAGCCACAGCAAGUGAAUCCCAGCAACUGCCAAGAAAAACAAAAUAUUGCCAUGGACAGACAAAAGAGAACAUCAGAUCCUCUGCAAAUCGACAUGGCCCAGUCCAUGAAGGCCCAUACCAACAGGGAGUCUGCGUGUGCUUUUGUUCGUUCUAAGUCAUUACCAGAGACUAGCUGUGAAGCUGUGAACUACCAAGGAUGGAACAUUCCUAUGAAAAGUGCCAACAACAAAUCAGGGAUGUCUCAGAGCUUCCCAGGAAGCCACACAAGUCUGGGCACAUUUAGCCACUGUAGGGAUUCCUCUGGAACUUUCCAGUCUGGAAAUACUAAUGUGGAUAUGAAACUUCUCAUGGCCAGAGCACCACAGAACUCCAAGUCCCAUCAUCCAGCUUUCAAGAGAAACGUAUCAGACUCGGCAAUCAUAAGCAAUAAAGUGUUUGUUACAAGCCAGAUGACAGGGAAGUGCUCUGCAGCCGAUAUCGAGAGGAAGAAACAAGAAGCUUUGGCCAGGAGGCGCCUGCGAUUGCAGAAUGCCUCAAAACCACCCUGAAAGAAGUGCUGCAACUUGUUUCACCAAGACAAGCCUUUACCAAUUAUUCCCAUACCUGCUGUUCACUCAUCUCCUCAUCAAAAGAUUUUAAGGAUGAUAUCAAGGAUUACAAGCGUUUGCUUUGCUUGCUGCAUCUAAAGAGAGUAACGCCUGGUAAGGGAAAGUAAAUAUCUGUCAGAAGUGCUGCUGAUUAGGAAACCAUGAAAAGAGAUUUUAAAGCAUGGUUUGUUGCAACUAUCAGAUCUGGUGCUAAGACCACUUUAAAUACUAGAUUUUUUUUUUCUAACUGUUGAAAAGUAGUUCACAUCCUUUGAGUUGAGGGAAAAAAAUUUAUGCUAACGUUGGGCACAUUUUUUUGUUUGUUUUAUAGGGUUUUCAUUUCAGCCCUCUGUGCCCACUUUGGGUAGUUUCUUUUUGAUUGUCUUUAAAAGUAAACAGUUCUCUCACAGCAGUAUUUCUUUAGACUAAAAGAAAUAGAAACAGGCUCGUCACUGUCCGCCAAUUACGUUUUAGUUUACACUGAUAGUGACUGUGUUCUUAACCUUAUCUGUCUGAUAAGACAGCUGACUUGAAGUGCCUAAAAAUGAUUUUUGAUUUAUACCUAAAAACAUGUCAACCUUCUUAAUUCAGUAUUAAAACCAGGACGACUUCACCGCACGUUGAAUAUGAAACAGUUCUUUUACACAAUCUCACAAAGGUUUUUUUCUUUUUGGGGCCCAAACUAAACUUUGGAAAAUGGCUUCUCGAUUAUCCAGAUUUGUCUGUUCUUUGUGUCGAUGAUCCACUUUAUUUGUGCAUGUUGCAGUUUUUUAUUUCAAUUUUGCACAGAUCAGAACCAAAGCUCAAAAACAUUUUUUUUUGUCCUCUAUUACGGCUGUUUUUUUCUUUUUUUGUAAUGCACUUUUC